CAGACAAAACUCACAUGCUGUUUAAACAGAUCCAAAUAAAAACUCUGCUGUUAAACAUAUUUGAACACUGUACAGCGGAAACCAAAGCCCUCAUUAAAAUGUGAUCAGAUCUUCCACACUUGUCUCUAGAGAUUUUAAACAUGCUUCUGUGAUCCCAAAGAGAAGCAAAUGAAGCACAGCUUACUGGACAGUAAUGAUUUUUCUUCAUUAAUAGGAAAUCGUACCUUUCCCAAUAGGUCAGAGCUCAGCAGAGCACUGGCACAGAGGAUAUAGCCGCAGGCUCUUUUUAAACAUAAACAUGAAUCACUGUUCAAACAUUCUGGCACAUAAUCAGUUCAACCUCUUCUAAAUCCCAACACCAAUUGUGAGCAAAACACUUAAAUAAAUAAAGCACUUGCUAAGUAAGGGAGAUGGAAAAAUGUUUGUGUUGAUGAAAGGUUCAAGGACAACAUAUCAGAAACGAUUACACAUCUCUGAAGCCACAGAAAAUGACUGCGGUAUCAGCUUUGUGGCGUGCUUUUUCUUCUCUCCUAGGUUCUCUGCUUAGCAUUUUUAGCAAAGUUCUAUUAAGAUAUAAAAAGAAAAAAGCCGACGGUGAAAGAGAGGACUACCAUGGAGUUGUAUUUGGGAGUUUCCAGGAUUACCUUCCUAUAGGGUAUGAACUGAUAUGCAAAUCAUCGGCUCUUGCCAAUUGGUUUCUUAAAGAUAUCCAGCGUUUGCCACAACAAGAACCAAUUCGCUGGUGGUGGAAGAGAUGUCCACAUCUUCAGACUCUUGUACAACACUUACUACCAGCCUACAUCCCUCUGGAGUUAUGCAGAGACCACUUACAGCUUGCAGAUGGUGGACUUGUUGCUUUAGAUUGGGUAGUGGGCCCAAGACAAAUCUCAAGGAUGAGAAGAGGCACAAAUGCUACAGGCAACCCACCACUGCUCCUGGUCAUUCCAAACCCCUUUGGAAAAUUAACAAGGAACAUUCAGAACCUUUGUUUUCAGGCUCUAGAAAAAGGGUACUACCCUGUUAUAUUUAACAGACGGGGCCAAAACGAAUGCCCGUUAACAACCCUCAAGCUACAAGAUUUUGGUGAACCGGGAGAUCUGAAAGAAGCAGUUACUUAUAUUCGUUUUAGGCAUCCAAGUUCCACCAUCUUUGCAGUAAGUGAAGGCUUGGGGUCUGGACUUCUGCUGGCCUAUUUAGGAGAAUGCGGCUCAUCUAGUUAUUUGACAGCUGUAGCCUGCAUUUCUCCAGUGUUUCGUUGCCAAGAAUGGUUCGAGAACAAGCUCCCAUGGCUGUAUGAAUGGGCUCUGCUUCUUUAUCAGAAAACUAUUCUCAGAAGAUACUUCACGGUUUUAGGAGAAAUUCUACCAACUGGGAAAUUAUUUGACAGUCAGUCCCUCCAGGAACUACAUGAGAUUCUGCACUGUCAACGCAAGACUAAGAAGUUAAGCUGGGACGAUUACUGGGAAGAAAAUGAUCCGCUCCGUGACGUGGAUGAAGUUGCUGUCCCUGUCCUGUCUAUCUGUAGCAUUGACGAUCCUAUUCGAGGCCCACCAGAGUCUACUCUCCCCAUUGAACUUUUCAGGACAAAUCCUUAUUUUCUGCUGCUGCUGACACAUUAUGGAGGCCACUGUGGCUUUCUUACAGAUGCACCUGUAGCAUGGAGUCAUGAAGUUACAUUAGAUUACUUUAGGUCAGUGACAGAAUUUUUUAGAACUGAAGAAAAAACAAAAUGGUUGGCCAACCGGAGGAACUCCAAUAUGAUGAGCAGGCGAAGAAGACCAACCUUGCAAAGACGGGAGCUCUCUGCUUAUAGGGACCUGGAAGAAAAGAUUUUUAGCUGGAAAAGAUCAUACACCAGGUAACCCUCUCUGAAAUGGGCCAAAUAAGUUUCAUAAAAAAAUAAAAUUCACAUAACACAUGAAGAAACUGUUUUGCGCAAACAAUUGUUCUCUAAACUGUUCAAAACCGCUCCAAAUCUGCAAAAAAAUAUAUUACUUAUAUUUUUUAAUGUAUAUAAACAUGAUGGUAGCUUUAUAUGGGACAAAUGUCACAGGGGAGUUUUAUUGCAACGUGAGCAACUGUAGGCAAAGAACUUUUGGUCCCCUCGUACAUGUGCUGCGAGAAAAUUCCAAAAAAAGAAAAAAAUUUUUUUUUAAAUGUCCCAAAAUAGUACAUAGGAGAAUUCGGCUGUAACUUAAUUUUUAAAUUAUAAAUACAUUUUUUUUUUUUCUUGAUAAAUAAAAAUUCUUUCACCCCCCUCUUAAAAUUCCCUUGUAUAUAAUAGGAUGACUACUGCUGUUUGACAAACUUUACAAACUGGCUCUCAUAUAUUCUCAGUACAGGUUUUCCAAUCAGCCGUCACUGUAAGGAAAGUGAUUAAACAAAAACCUGUUAGGAUAGGAUUAUGGAUGCUUUGAUUACC